AUGGUUGAAUUAGCUUCAAGAAAUCUUCUACUCCCGUUGGAGUCCGAUUGGGUUGAAAAAGAAGAGAGAGGAGGACCAGCAAAUUAUUUGCUUGAUACUGGUAAUUUGAAAAUUCUUAAUUCCGCAUCCCCAUGUUUCCAAGAAAUCUUUUACAAGCUACGGGGAAAUAGUUUCGUUCAAGCAGAUCCAAACGAAGUACACUUCCACAUAACUGAAAAUCGAAACAGCUGUAAAAAGCCCUACAAGAGGCGACUAUACCUUAUCAAUGUGGCCACAAAAUCGACCAGAGUGAAUUUUAUCCCACCGGAAACUAAGUGGUUCAAGUUAUUCUAUUCUGUUCCGAAACCAUUUGUUCCGGGUUCUCGAAUCAGUUGUACUGUCACAUUCGAACCCGAUAAGACAAGAUAUUAUGAGGAUGUGAUUCGAGUUCACACAGAGGUUUUGGCCUUCGAAGCACUGAUUCGUCAAGAUGCGAACGAAGAAAGACGGAAUCAGGUACGUUGGCAAGCCAAAACUGGACAACAGCCGAUUUCGGCCGGUAAACGUGAGCAGAUUCGACGUGAAUGGGAGUCUGCAUGGCAAAACCAUUUGAACCAGUGCACAAAUUUGGAAAGUGUGCUUCAAAAGCCGAUAAUUAAAUACCCUGAACUAAUUAGACGGAACGAGGACAACAACAGUGUUCAACCGCGUCCACAUCGACCUGCACAAGCUUCGUCUAACCUCACUGUGACACCAUCAUUCCGAACUAGACGACUUCCUACAGAUGGAUGGACAAAAAGGUGGGAUCGGCUUAAUCGAUUUCGUCAUGCUGUAUCCAAAUUGAUUAUUCGACAGCGAAUGACAGGUCGUUUGAAGAUGAUCAAAAACCAAAUUCAUGUCAAAUCCAUCAAUGAAGAAAAUGAUGGUUCCGAGGAAGAGCUGAUCAUUCCUGAAGAUAUAAAGGACAAAAUCGGGUAUAGAAUAACUAAAAACUCGUUGGAUUCAAUGAAAAGAAAAAUGCCUUUUUACUGGACGGAGCAGAUCAGAACCAGUGCGACCGAAUAUAACAAGUAUCAGCCCAAUGUAGAACCAUCUCAUCAGUCGGCAAUCGAUAUCGCUGAAGUGACUGCUACUAUUGCGAUGCCACCACAGAGUUGGCCUGUGUUCGAACUUUCUCCUCCUUGGGAAUGGCAGUUAGCGGGUUGUGAGAUGUUUGACCCGUUGGAAGCACGUGACCUGGCUUUGCUUAUCAGCGACCCAGCAUCAAUGGAAGUACAAUGGAUGGUCCCCUUCCUGGAAUCUCGGCUGGACAUUGCUCAACGUGAAGACAAGAUCACAGUUUCUGAAAAUAAACUGACCUAUAUUAUUCCCACGGAUAGGCGAUUUCCAAUCGGAGACCCCAUGUCUCUGGCCAGUAGUGUGCUGAAGCCAACCAAAGCCGGAACUCUGAGUAGUGUUUCAGUCAUGAUCUGUUUGAAGGAAACAGAGUCCUUCGUGUCUGAGAUCAGAUCCGCGGAAAAUGCAUUAGGGGACUACAAAAGUGACGCGGAUAGCAUCGGCAGUAAUGUAGCUCAGACCAUGGAGGAUUUUGUCUCACGAUUUCCCGAGAUAGAAGUGACUGUACGUCCUUGGAUUGCGAGAGUGCACAAAUUUUCUGAGCAAGACGAAAAUGGGAAUGAAACUUUUCUGGAUCGGUUCGCAAUGAAUGAGGCAACAACAGCAACAAAACAUGUUGAAACAUCUGUAGUGAAAUUAAACUGUUCUUAA